AUGAAAAGAACAGGACCUAUGCAACAGGAGAAAGAUCGGGACCACAAACGUUUGAAAAUUAGACAAUCACGUUCAAUCCAUGUUCAGUCGGACAGUUUGGAAAAUGGAGCAAUUGACGUGGAAAAAUUCCUUAGUGCUCGUUCUUUCGAAAUCAGAGCAUUUCAGGAUGCGAUGAAACGAUCAAAAGACUCAAGCUCCCAGCGAGCCUUUCAGUCACUUCCGCGAUGUCUAAGACGGAGAGCUGCUUCACAUAAUGUACGUCGAAUUCCAAAAGCACUUCGCCAACGCGCUCUCUACGAAAUGAGCCUGCAGUCUUCUACAACAAAAGCCAUUGAGCCAUCUCGUCUUCGAUUUAAACGCUAUGUCCGGCGAUUACAGAAAAGGAUAUCUGCGGCUGGAAAAUCCAAACAAAUUGUAAGUGCCGGCACUUUACAGACAAAGCACACUACCGAAGACUCCCGCAUUCCUUCACUGCCUUUAGUCCGUUUAGUGAAGGGUCAGUUCGCUCAGAGACAACUCCGUAAAAUUUGGCUUCCAACACAUUUGUGGACAAGUAAAAGAGCUCAUAUGGUGAACAAAUGGGGUUACGCGAUUCCACAACGACCAACGGCCAAAUCAUAUCGCCCAACUCAUCGAGCUGCAUUUACGGAAGAAGCCAUUGCUUUUGACAUGAGCUAUGAGCCCAUCUUCGCCAUUACUGCUCCACUUCCUGUUCUGAUCGAAAAAUAUAAAUCUAUUUUUGGUGCGCGCUGGGCGUUGUAUUCGUCUUGCAGUCGUAUAUGUUCUGGUUUGAUAAAAAAUGUUGAAACGGGAAGAACAAUUUGUCCCUGUCUCACGCAAUGGAACAAACCAUCCGAAGCUUUUGUGCAAAGGCUUCCAAUUACAGAAAAAAACAACGUCGCACAAGUUGUACUGCGCGUCCAUCCCGCUGCUUUCGUGGAGUGUUGGGACUAUCUCUCCGGAAUUGCAGUAAAAGAUAGUCGAAUAGCAAUGCACGAUUGGCGUAUGCAAUUGGGUUCAAUAGACGUUUUGGGACCGCGUGCAAAUCAGGUUCUCCACGAUGUUUUGCAAACUCCUAUCCCUUCAACCGAGUCAAAUGUCUGGACAUCCAUCAAAAAACUCUCACACAAUCAACUACCCAUCGACUGUUCGUUGGGUUUUCAUGUGAAUGCUUCCCAAACGGCAACCUCCGCGACAUCGCAGAAUUCGCUGUCUCAAAAGCCAAUGUUGGAAUAUUGGGAUGCGAAAACGCUUCCUUCUUUUCAAGUCUUUGACGUUACGGAGGUAAACGGCAUCGGUGCCAGAAAUCCGCCUGCGAUUACGCCUUUAAUGGUAGCCAGGCGGCGUGAAUGGAAUGGCUUAACUAUUAUCUUACCAUGGACUUCAAUUAUGUAUUUUUGGAGAAAACUUAUGUUUCGUAAGGGUGUUCGUUUUGGCGGACUAGACAAUUUGCAUCAAAUCGCUUUCGAAAAACAAAUCCCUUUCUUCCCACAUGACUAUCCGGAAACGGAGGCGGGAAUUAAAGCACAAGCCGUGUCGAGAGAGGAUGCCUUUUCGUAUUGGCAAAGACGCCCCCCUGCCAAACGGGUAAAUUUUCUGAAGCUCGAAAAUGGUAUGAAAGAGCUAGGUGAUCCAUUUGCAUGCGACUGGUCUGUGCUAGAUAAAAACUAUCCCACAUUGACUCCUGUACGGUUUCAUCUCGUCCAUGUUAUUAUUACAUGCUCAACUCGUGGCAGCAUUCACGAUCUUGCUCGCGUGUACAAGCUGCCCACGAAGGAGUCUUUGGAGGAAUGGAAAAAGCAUUCACUUCACUAUCGAAAUAAGUUGCAUGAGGUAGAGAAAUUUCCAGCCUCUCCCGAGGAGUCCAAUUUAGUUGGUUACAUCUCAACUGGCAAUUUCAAUUUAAGGCAAGGCAAACCAUCGGGAAUUGGUUGUGUUAUCGACCAAUUUUCGGGCUCUUCCAAGCGCGGUUAUUGCCUUAUAAGAAAUUGCGGAACAGGUGUCUUUCGUUUAGCACAAUGGAAACGGUUUUAA